AUGUGUAUGCCAGGGAAUUGCUCUCUGCAUGAAUACCGCCAGUAUCUGUCAAGUUGCGACUCAGCUACCAGCAACAGUCCGGACAUCAGAAAGCUACGGCGAAAGAACGCCGCUAUGAACUUGAACCAGUCCCAGAUGUCUCUGGGCGACCACUACGACGAGUACCCAACCUCGGUCUCAUCGGCAGCGUCAAGCCCGCCGCCAUUAUCCCCAUCGCAUUCACCCAGCGCUCUAAGCGAGCAGCCUGAGAGCCUGGAUGGCUUCCUCCGUAUGAGAUAUCACCGUCAUAUAUCUCCAGUAGACCAGUGCUUACUCGCGGAUUUAGCCCCGGGGACCCCCAGCUCCGUAGACGACGACCAUGACACAUUCCGGGAUCGACUCGAGAGAUAUCCCGACCCAGAUCCCAAACCAGUCCCACGCAAUCUCCCAGCAUCUGUCCAUAGUCACACAAAGCGGUACUCGGACUCGAUGCUCCUCAACGUAAAGAAGCCCACCACAACCAUCAUCCAUCAAGGUACAUCGUUUGAGAUCCUCAAUCCCCAUGAAUCACUUCACUUUGCUCGCAUCGUCUCGUACAUCGAAGACGUCGACAGCUUCUCCACAGGCCACAACAGGGACUCCUACAUCUCAAUCACCGAAGACACCGUGAUCAUCGAAUCGGACCCUUGGUCCUAUGACCCCCCAACACACGCUGAAGAAGCCUUCGAAGACGAAAACCGAAAGUCCCAACUAGAUAUCGGCGACACCCAAGGCCUCCACCACCACCUCAUGCCCUCCAUUAAUGAGCUUCUCGAAGAAACAACCCUCAACAUGACCCGCUAUCUCGCCUCCAAACCCAGACAAUGCGCCAGUCCAACUAACGAAAGUGAUCUCGGCGAGCCCGGAGACCCAGUCUACGACGAUAACCACCCCAUGAUCUCCCACGACGCCCUCUGGCAAUUCGAUAUCGGUAUAGACCCAGCCACCAAACCCCCCUCGAACGAACAGACCAUGACUCCACGAACCGAGAUCAAAAUCCACCGUCGUCCAACCCGGAGGUCAACCACCAGUCCCUUGCGGAAACUCUGCGGGUUGUUUCGCAGGAAAACAGGGAAGCAGGCGAAGUAG